CCUCCAGCUGCCAGUCUGGGAACCGUCAAACAUUGCCCCCUAGACCCUUAAUUACUGUCUGUUAAUGACUCUUCUGCUGGUGGAGCUGAAACUGCGGUUCCCCGGGGCGGGUACGCGCACAGAUGGUGUGGGGGUCCCAUUGGCUGCAUCUAGUCUCUGAGCUCUCUUAGGUCUGCAGCCGGGCUGAGGGUGUACCACAGCCAUGGCUCAGCCACUGGCUUUAGUCCUCGAUGUCCCGGAGACCACAGGGGACGAAGACAGUCGGGAGCCCAGCCCCUGUGAAGAGAGUGAAGUCCAUGACUCCUUCCACCAGCUCAUUCAGGAGCAGAGUCUUCGGGUGGCAGAGGAGGGGCUGGAGCUGCUGCCCUUGGCUCCAGGCAGAGGUUACCAGACCCCCCCAAGGCCUGAAGGUGCCCCCACGCACAGCAUGGCCACUCUCCGCAUCUUGGCCAGCAUGCCUAGUCGCACCAUUGGCCGCAGCCGUGGGGCCAUCAUCUCCCAGUACUACAACCGCACAGUGAGGCUCCGGCACAGGAGCAGCCGGCCCCUGCUGGGCAAUGUGGUGAGCUCUGCCCGGCCCAGCCUUCGCCUGUAUGACCUGGAGCUGGACCACACAAUCUUGGAGGAUGAUGAGAAGCGGAGCCUACUAGUGAAGGAGCUUCAGGGUCUGUCGGUGGCCCAGCGGGACCACAUGGUCCGGAACAUGCCCUUGAGCCUGGGUGAGAAGCGCUGGCUUCGAGAGAAAAGUUGGAGCCCAAAGGGAAAGCGGAGGGGCCAGCAGGGCCGAGGCGGGAUCUUUUCCUGCUGCAGCAGGCUCAGAUACAGCUGCAUUCUGGCCCUGCACAGCCUGGGGCUGGUUCUGCUCUCAGGUCUGUAUGCUGCCAGGCCAUGGCACUAUGCUCUGAAGCAGAUCGGCGGCCAGUUUGGCUCCAGUGUCCUCUCCUACUUCCUCUUCCUCAAGACCCUGUUGGCCUUCAACACACUGAUGUUGCUUCCUCUGCUGGCCUUCCUCGUGGGAGUGCAAGCUGUCUUCCCACCUGACCCGUCAGGCCCGGUCCCUACCUUCUCUGGUCUAGAACUCCUCACAGGCGGGGGCUGGUUCACACACACCGUCAUGUACUACGGCUACUACAGUAACACCACGCUGAGCCAGUCAUGUGCCUCCCCAUGGGAAAGUGGCCAGAGCAGCCCCAGCUUGGGCAGUCUGCCCUAUAACAUGCCACUGGCCUACCUCUUCACAGUGGGGGCUGUCUUCUUCUUGACCUGCAUCACUCUGGUAUACAGUAUGUCCCACUCCUUCGGGGAGAGCUACCGGGUUGGCAGUACUAAAGGCAUCCAUGCUCUUAUGGUCUUCUGCUCCUGGGACUACAAGGUGACUCAGAAGCGGGCCUCCCGUGUCCAGCAGGACAGCAUCUGCACUCAGCUGAAGGAGCUGCUGGCUGAGUGGCAGCUGCGAAAGUGCCCUCGGAGCGCGUGUGGGCGGCUGUGGCAGGUUGUCGUGCUAGGCCUGGGAUGGCUGCUGUGUCUGGGCACCACGAUGGGCUGUGCAGUGGCUGUCCUCACCUUCUCAGAGAUCAUGGUUCAGAGAUCUGCUGCUGGUGGCCAGGGGUUGGAGCUGCUGGCCCUGCCCCUGGUGGUCAGUGUCCUUAAUCUGGGUGCUUCUUACCUGUUCCGUGGUCUGGCCACUCUGGAGCGGCACGACUCCCCUGUGUUGGAAGUAUACAUGGCCAUCUGCAGGAGUCUCAUCCUGAAGAUGGCUGUCCUGGGUGUGCUUUGCUAUCACUGGCUGGGCCACAGGGUGGCCACCUUGCAGGGCCAGUGCUGGGAGGACUUUGUGGGCCAGGAACUGUACCGCUUCCUGGUCGUGGAUUUCAUCUUCACACUCUUGGACUCUCUUUUUGGGGAGCUGAUAUGGAGGCUCAUCUCAGAGAAGAAGCUGAAAAGGAGGCAGAAGCCUGAGUUCGACAUUGCUCGGAAUGUUCUGGACCUGAUUUAUGGGCAGACACUGACCUGGCUGGGUGUUCUCUUCUCACCGCUCCUGCCUGCAGUGCAGAUACUCAGGCUGCUUUUCCUUUUCUACGUUAAGAAGGCAAGCCUGAUGGCCAACUGCCAGGCACCUCGCCGACCCUGGCUGGCGUCUCACAUGAGCACCGUCUUCCUCACCCUGCUCUGCUUCCCGUCGUUCCUGGGCGCGGCUGUUUUCCUCUGCUAUGCUGUCUGGCAAGUGAAGCCCUCAAGCAUUUGUGGCCCCUUCCGGACUCUGAACACCAUGUACGAGGCGGGCACGGUCUGGGUGCGUCGCCUGGAGCAUGCCGGCUCCGGGGCCUCCUGGCUGCCCUGGUUGCACCACUUCCUGGUGGAGAACACUUUCUUCCUUUUCCUCAUGUCAGCCCUGCUGUUGGCUGUCAUCUACCUCAACAUCCAGGUGGUGAAAGGGCAGCGGAAGGUCAUCUGUCUGCUCAAGGAGCAGAUCCGGAACGAGGGAGAGGACAAGAUCUUCCUGAUCAACAAGCUUCACUCUGUUUACGAGGAUGGGGAGCGGAGCAGAACUCAGGAGGCUACCACGGCAACUGCCCUGCUUGUGGAUGGAGGGGACAGAAAGGAACCUUGCACCCUCAGUCACCGUGACCCUUCAGGCAGAGACUUGGACCUGAGGUCCCCACGGGACACCACAGUAGAGUGACUUCUUUCCACAAAAUUCCCAAGGUGACCGAGCAAGGAUGUGGGGGUACUCCAAGGGAGUACUCCAAAAACCCUGGGACUCACUUACCCUGGGUUUUUACAUUUUUUAUUUAUUUUGAAGACAGGAUCUAUCUACAUAGCUUUGGCUGUCUUGAGUUUACUAUGUAGACCAGGUUGGCCUUGAACUCAGAGACCUGCUUGCCAAGUACUGGAAUCAAAGUCAUGUGCCACCACCCCUGGCUUUCCCUUUCCUCAACUUUUUUUAUUCUGAUUAAAUGGGUUUUGUAAUGUG